UUCCGUUAUAGGCCAACAAUUUUGUCGAAACAUUUAUGAGAAACAUUUCGUCGAGCAUCUGAUCUCCAUUCAUAUUAUUGUAGAGAGAUAGAAAGAGAUGGAAAAGUCUUACUGUCUCAAAUUCAUCAUCAUCAUCUCCAUAGCAGUUUUCAUAUUUGCAUAUUCAAGAUACCCACCUGAAAACCUCGGCUGCUCCACCUCUACCCCGCCAUGGUGCACCAAGACUCACCGGAAAACCAAUCUCCGAUCAACCUCAAUCUUUGAUUCCGGUAAGCCCAAUUCCAAUCACUACUUCGCAGACACCCCGCUUCACCCACUCGACCCACUAACCAUACCCGAAAUCAACAAAGUCCGAUCCAUUCUCACAGGAUAUGAACCGUUUUCAUCGACUUUCCCAUCUAUAAACAGUCUCUCCUUAGAUGAACCCGAAAAGAUUCAAGUAGUUGGUUGGAAAACAGGCGACCCGUUUCCCCUUAGAAGAGCCUCGGUUAUAGCCUUUUUAAAUGGGCAAACUCAUCUUGUCACUGUUGAUUUGGGCAUGGGCCUUGUGACGGAUCAUGUUGUUAAUACCGGGUCGGGUUACCCGAUGUUAACAAAUGAUGACUUGGCAACUGCUUUACAACUUACAUAUUCAAACUUAGAGUUCAAUAAGUCCAUCUUGGCUCGAGGGGUGGACUUGAACGAUCUAGCUUGUAUCCCGCCUUCAUCGGGCUGGUUUGGACCCGAUGAAGAAGGUAAAAGGAUCGUUAAAGUCCAAUGCUUCUCAAAUCAAGAUACACCUAAUUUUUAUAUGAGACCUAUAGAAGGGCUAACUAUAACAGUUGAUAUCGACAAAAAAAAGGUUAUUAAAAUUACAGAUACCGGUCGAGGGAUUCCAAUACCAAAAGCAACUCAUACUGAUUACACAUACACAACUAAGAGUCCGUUUUAUGAUAUGGAUCCAAUGACUAACCCUAUGUCAAUGGAACAACCAAAAGGGCCUAGUUUCACUAUAAAUGGGCAUAUAGUGAAAUGGGCUAAUUGGGUGUUUCAUCUAAAGCCUGAUAUACGGGCUGGGAUGAUAAUAUCUCAGGCCAUGAUACAGGUCAAGGAUGGGGAAUACAGGAGUGUGAUGUAUAAAGGGUUUGCGUCAGAACUGUUUGUACCCUAUAUGGACCCCGAUCAGUCAUGGUACUUUAAAUCGUAUAUGGAUGCUGGUGAGUUUGGGCUCGGGGCAAAUGCUAUGGCUCUUGUGGAACUGAACGAUUGUCCGAGAUACUCAUAUUAUAUGGAUGGAGUAUUUGCUAGUGCUAAUGGUCGACCUAUUAUUCAACCUAAUAUGAUUUGUAUAUUUGAACGAUAUGCUGGAGAUAUUGGUUGGAGACACUCAGAAAUUCCGCUCAUGGGUUUAGAUAUUAGAGAAUCAAGGCCAAAGGUGACACUUGUAGCUCGAAUGGCAGCAUCUGUUGGUAACUAUGAUUAUAUUUUCGAUUGGGAAUUUCAAACCGAUGGUUUAAUCCGUAUUAAGGUGGGAUUAUCGGGAAUGCUAAUGGUAAAAGCAACUCCGUAUGAAAACAUACACAAUAUCUCAAAUACAAACGAUAUGACUGGGACACUAGUAUCAGAAAACGUGAUUGGUGUAGUCCAUGAUCACUUCAUCUCAUUUCAUCUGGAUAUGGACAUUGAUGGGGCAAACAAUUCGUUUGCAGAAGUCAAUUUGGUUAAAGAAGAGACAUUAUCAGGACAAUCUCCACGAAAAAGUUACAUAAAAGCAAAACGAAAGAUAGCAAAGACAGAAGAUGAUGCAAAGAUCAAACUUAAAUUGUAUGAUCCGUCUGAAUUCCAUGUCUUUAACCCUUCUCGGAUUUCAAGACUGGGAAAUCCAACGGGCUAUAAAAUUGUCCCUAGCGGGAUUGCGGCUAGCUUGCUUGAUCUCGAUGAUCCUCCGCAAAUUCGGGGGGCUUUUACAAAUAAUCAGAUUUGGGUCACACUACAUAAUAAAAGUGAACAAUGGGCGGGUGGUCUUUUGGUGUCGCAAAGCAAAGGGGAAGAUACACUUGCUACAUGGUCAGCCAGGAAUCGAGAUAUUGAGAACAAGGACAUUGUGUUAUGGUACACAUUAGGGUUCCAUCACAUACCUUGCCAAGAGGAUUUUCCGGUGAUGCCAACCGUUUCAUCGAGUUUUGAACUGAAACCUGUUAAUUUCUUUGAUAGAAAUCCGAUAAUGGGAGUGAAACCUAUCUUUCAAAAAGAUCUACCAGUGUGUUCUGUUGCAAGCUCUUGAUAUGUUUCUAUCGGAAGUGUACUACACGCAAAUGAUAAGAUUUGCUUUUUGUUACAUAUCAACCAUAACUAUCUAAUUUUAGAUGUGUAAUCAUAAAAAAUAUAAUGAUUUUUGGGUGUUUGCCAGGUAUAUGAAUUUUGAUGUAGUUUUUUAAUU